AUGGGAAUGUCAUUCUUGCACAAUAUUUCUGACGCGGUUGAAAAUUUUUGCAGUAUAGAUUUUAGCACUUCGGAACAGCAUGUUGAAUUGAGAAGUUUCCGGAUUAAUCGUGAUAACAAAGAGGUAAAAAAAUUAAUCGAUUGGUUUUCCCAACAUUCGCCCUUUCCUGCAAUGAAAGAACUUAUAUCAAUAAAUAUUGGAGUCAUUGGUGAUGAAAGCAUUAACUGUCACAUAUCUCAAGAAUUUGACACUAAGGAUGUCUUAAGAAUCAUCGAUCUUGAGUUUCAUUCUAUAAAAUUUGCCAUUAUGAAUACAGGAAUACGAAUAGAAAAUGAAUUAGUCCCUGUAAAACCAUUUUUGAUUUUUAAAAGAAUGUGUAUUCCUAAAAAAUUUGAUAAAGAACUCGAACAAUACCUUUCGUACGAGUUUACUCAAUUUCCAUUAUCACUUUUCAACGAAGGAUAUAUGCGCAAAAGCGUAAAGUUUUCCUUUUACGAAGCUUUUCAAGAAUAUGCUACCGAUGUUGAUUUUAAAAACCUUAUACAUAUCAUAGAUGGAGGAUAUUUAUUGCAUCGUGUUGUCUGGAAUCGCAGAGACUCAUUUACAUCUAUCUGCACCAGUUAUGUUUCUUUCGUUCAAUCACAUUAUGGAACUAAUGCCAACGUCAUAUUUGAUGGAUAUCCUGAUGUUGAAGAUCAGGGCACAAAAUACAUGGAGAGGUCACGACGAUCACGAUUGCAUGCUUCAUCAGAAAUGUUGUUUGACGAGGCGAUGAUUCCGACCGUAUCACAAGAACAGUUUUUGACUGCAUUGUCAGAAGACGAGGAUGAUGAUAUUUUAAGGUUAAUACUAUCCAUACGAAAGGAAACUGACGAAUUGAAAAACUAG